GGUGCCGGCAGGGGGCGAUGCGGGUCCCGGCGAGCUCGGUCCGGCACGGCGGGGCCGCGCACACCGCGCUGCGCUGCGAGCCGAGCCCAGCCGAGCCGAGCCCAGCCGUACCGUGCCCGCACUGCCCGCACCUGCUGCGCCUCCGCACCAGGCAGGAGGGUUUGGUGGCCAGCCCUGUGGCAGAGAGCUGGAGAGGCCGAGCCGAGGAUUGGCGGCGCCGGCCCGGCGGCAGCGGCUGAGGCGGCCGCCCUCGCCCAGAGAGCAGGAAGAUGAGCGCAGCUCCGGCACAUCUCCUGACAACGCUCUUCAUGGCAGCGGCAGCCGUGCGCUACCCGUCGCGGCGCUCUGCCACCGACCUGGAUGCCACCCCCAGGACGACAGUCACCUUUGAUGAGCUGUCGGGAGUCCGGCGCUUCUCCGCGCACACCCUCAACUACAGCACGCUGCUGCUGGAGGACGAGCGGGGCAUCCUCUACGUGGGCGCCAGGGGAGCCAUCUUCGCCCUCAACUCCAGCGACGUGGCCGACGGCUCCCACCACACGAUCCACUGGGAAGCCUCCCCGGAGAAGCAGAUGGACUGCCUGCAGAAGGGCAAAAACAACAAGACCGAGUGCUUCAACCACGUGCGGUUCCUGCAGCGGCUGAACAGCACCCACCUGUACGCCUGCGGGACCUACGCCUUCCACCCGCUCUGCGCCGCCAUCGAUGCCAACAGGUUCACGUUGCCGUCCCACUUUGAGGAAGGCAAGGAGAAAUGCCCAUAUGACCCAGCCCGUGGCUACACCGGCCUCAUUGUGGAUGGAGGCUUGUACACAGCAACACGCUACGAGUUUCGGAGCCUCCCUGACAUUCGGAGGAACCUGCACCAGCGGCCACUGAAAACAGAGGAGUCCCCGCUGCACUGGCUGAAUGAUGCUGAGUUUGUGACCUCUGUGCUGGUCCGGGAGAGCAAGGACAGCCCUGUGGGUGACGAUGAUAAAAUCUACUACUUCUUCAUGGAGCGGGCAGGAGAGGAGACCACGUCCUUUUUUGACAAGAGUCAGGUGGCCCGAGUGGCCCGGGUGGCCCGUGUCUGCAAGAGCGAUGUGGGGGGGAAGAAGAUUCUGCAGCGCAAGUGGACAUCCUUCAUGAAGGCACGCCUGGUCUGCUACAUCCCCUACUACGAGGUGCUGCGCAGUGUCUGCAGCCUGGAUGGGGGUGGCUGGGCCAGCACAGUCUUCUAUGCCACCUUCACACUCUCAGCACAGUGGAGGACCAUGGAGGCCUCGGCCGUGUGCCGCUACAACAUCUCGGCGGUGCAGCGUGCCUUUGAGGGCCCCUACAUGGAGUACCAGGACUGGGCUCGCAAAUGGUCCCGCUACGACGGCGCAGUGCCCGAGCCCCGGCCCGGCUCCUGCAUCACGGACCACUCCCGCAGGAAGGGCUACAACUCCUCGCAGGACCUGCCCAACAGUGUCCUGGACUUCGUCAAGCUGCACCCGCUCAUGUUUGAGGAGGUGAAGCCGGCUGGCGGGGAGCCGCUCCUGGUGAAGAAGAACGUGGCGUACAGCCAGCUGGCUGUAGACAGGGUGCAGGCCCUGGAUGGCCGCUCCUAUGAUGUGCUCUUCAUGGGGACAGGGGAUGGCUGGAUCCACAAGGCUGUGGUGGUGAACUCUGGCAUCCACAUUGUAGAGGAGGUGCAGGUGUUCAGGGACCUGCAGCCUGUGGAGAGCCUGGUGAUCUCUCACAUCCAGAGGAGCCUGUACGUGGGGGCAGCCAGUGGGAUCGUGCAGGUGCCCCUGGCCUCCUGUGCCAAGUACACCUCCUGCUAUGACUGCAUCCUCGCCCGGGACCCCUACUGUGCCUGGGAUGGCAGGGCAUGCCGCACCAUUGCCACCACAGACAGGACAGGGCUGGUGCAGGACAUUCAAAGCGGCAACAAGGGAUGCCGGAGCAUCUCUGGACGGGUGCGUGUCCCCACAGGCUCCCUGCCCCAGAAGAACCGGACGGUGCUGCAGGGGGACGAUGUGCUGCUGCCCUGCGACCAGCGCUCCAACCUGGCCCGAGCCGUGUGGCUGCUGAACGGCAGCGAAGUGCCGGGCACGGGGCAGGACCGGCUGCGUGUGGGGGUGGAUGGGCUGCUGGUGAUGAACACGCUGCCCCAGCACAGCGGCGAGUACCGUUGCUACGGGGAGGAGCAGGGGCUCCGGACACUCCUGGCUACCUACAGCCUCACCGUGCUGCCCGAGCUGCCCCGCAGCCCUACAGCUGCCCCAUCACCCCAUGCUGCCAGCCAGGCGACCAACGACAUGAAGGUGGCUUACAUUUCUGCCAUCGUCACCCUGGUGGUGCUCUGCACUGUGCUCAGCACCAUCCUCCUGUACAUGUCCUGCCUGGAGAAGCGCAAGGGCAAAUAUGUACUAGGGGAGCCACGGCCCCCCAGCGUGGAGCUGCAGACCGUCUCGGCCAACUGCCUGCGCAAGGGCCCCCGGGAGGAGGAGGAGGAGGAGCUCACCUACCCGGAUGGCUGCCUGCAGAUCAUCCCUGGUGAGGCACGCACAGCUGUCACCUCCCCAGUCAAGGAGCUGCCGGCUGCGGUGCCCCCGCUGCCGCCCCCGCUGCCAGCCGAGCUCACCAACGGCGUGGGGGCUCUGCCCAAUGUCCUCCGCAAGAUGAACGGCAACAGCUACAUGCUGCUGCAGCAGCAGGAGGAGCCACUGGCCUCCCCGCUCUACAAUGCAUCCUUCACCGAGGAGCUCAGCAAAAUUCUGGAGAAGCGGAAACACACGCAACUGGUGGAAAAGCUGGAUGAGAGCUCCGUGUAGGGGCUGGGGAGGGGGGUCCCAACAGAGGGACCCUCCUCCCCUGCAGCCCCUUCUCCCACCCUUUGCUAGCAGUGUUACAAGACUAAGAUUCAGACAAAACUACCUCCUUGAUGGCAGAGCUGGGCCGGGCCCAGGCUCAGUCAUUGCUCUUCACUCUUGAGACUGGAUGUACACAAAAAAAAAGGACAAUGUACCUAUUUAAAUUCUGAGCUCUAUUUAUGUAUAAAAACUCACUGAUGGUGGCCAUGAGCUGGAGACAGGAGCUGGCACCUGGCUGAAGGUGGACACCGUGGGGAGGGGUUUUGUCUGUUCAUCCAGGCGUGAGAGAGACGCUGUUGUAGAUGUGUGGACUUGGCCAGCCCUGCUGGGCAUCCCUUGGCACACAGGAGAGCUGCUGAGAGGUGGGUGAAGAGCACGGAGGGGGGCUGAGGGCUGACAUACUGUGCCUGUGCCUCUCACAGGGCACAGGAUCCCUUCCUGAUGUAGGGCUGGCAGGUUUUUCCCCAGCCGCCAGCCUUCAGGCAGGAGAGGGGCCCUGGACACAUCUCACAUUGUGAGGGGUGGUCUUGGUAGCUUCCAGCCGCUGCCCACUGUCCCAUGUCUGCCCCCUCAGGGUUUCCUCUCUGGGAGAGGAUGGUCUGGCAAAGGGACAAGAGAUAGGGCGAGGAGCUGAUGUCCUGAAUACCCUGGAGCAGCUGGUGAAGGGGCGUGUGCCCACUGCGAAGAGGCCACAGGUGAAAUAUGGGGCUGGGUGCCCUAGGGUGGAGGUAUCCCCAGGGCCUCCAAACCUGACAGGGCUCUGCUCCCUUUCUCCAGGGCACUGGAUGCAGCAGCAGGCAGCAAGAUGCACUGGCAGCAGGACUGGCAGCCACCACUGUGCCCUACAGUGUGACAAGGGACUGGUGAACCACCCACACGCCCCUGAUGUCUGCAGUGCCUCUGUGGCUUCAAGCACAACGUGUUUCUGCCCUCCUGUGCAGUGCCAUUGGUGAACUGGGGUUCAAGCACAGCCCUGUCACCCAUGGGAAAAUGUGCGGGCAGGCAAAUGUCCUCACACAGUGAGGAAGAAGAACCUUGGAUAAGGGCCUGUCUCCCUCUGGAGCCUUCUCCUCUUCACGGUACUUUCCAGGAGCAGCCAUGGUCCCUAAAUCUUCCCAACUGUUUCUGCUUCUGCCACCUCCUGGGGGAACCUGAGAGAUGGGGGUGACAAAAGCAUCUCAUGCUCCAGGGACAGUGUGGUGACACUGGAGAAGCUGGAGAGGGACAGACUUGUGGGGGUCCACGUCCUCUCCCACGUUCCUUGCUCUUAUCUCCAUGACCAGGACAUUGUCAAGGGCUCAGUCCUGCAGGGAAAAAAGGAGUGAGGGGUGACAACCCCCAGGGUCCCUCAUGAGCUACAGCUCAGGCCUCCUAUUCCAGGAGAGUGAGGCUCAGCAUGAAAAGGCAAGAGCUGCACACUCUGCCACCCUGCCCCAGCCCUUGUUUUUGCUGCACGAAGAGGGUGUGAGCCACCCCCAAGGACCACCCCCAACCCCCCAAGAAGGGGCAUCACUCUGUGUCUGGCACUCCUCAUGCACAGCUCCACAUUCCCCCCAGCAAUAAAAAUGGCUCUACCUAGA